AUGGGUGUGGAGAUGGUUUUCGACACAUCCACAUCAACGCCGCCCCACGCCGCGACGCGCGUCUUCAUGUCGCGCGCGUCCUCGGAUGUAGACGCGAACAUCGCGCGCGUCUUCGGCGCUCGCGCGCGGGCGCUCAUCGACGCCGUGCGCGCGCACGGAGGGGGAUUCGAUGGACGAAUUGCGCGCGAUGAUGAUGACGACGACGAUGAUGAUGAUUCCGCGCUCUGGACGCUCGAUACGCGGUAUUACCGCGCGCGCGUGCACGCGAUCGAUGCUUCGAGUGGUGACGACGACGCGCGCGCGCUCGGAUGCGCGCGCGCGGUCGUCCUCGCGUGUGGGAACGAGGAAGAGUUUGACGACGCGCGACGCGCGGCGGCGCGAACGGGAGACGACGACGCGGACGCGCGCGUCGUGGCGUGGGAUCUCGCGCGCGAUGGCGCGGGACGCCGCGCGCGCGUGCCCGCGUCCGUCGCGGCGUGGGCGCUCGAUCGGGGGUACGAGGUGGUGGAGACGCGGUUGGACGACGCGGAGGCGGAUGCGGCGCUCCGGCGCGGCGACGACGGCGACGGACGCGGGGUGCGGCGAGUGAUCGACACGCUCGAGGCCACGGCGUGGGCGUCGAUGGAACUUAAGGAGUUAGGUCGCGAGAGCGAUCUGGGACGGCGAAUGGUGGGGACGCCCGGACGAGACGCGGCGGCGGACGUCGAGGCGCUCGCGGCGGCGCACGGCUUGCUCGGAGACGAAGACGCGCCCUCGCCGCUCGCUUCGGAAGAGUUACACGCGCGAAUCUCGGCGCUUUACGACGAACACCUCGCGCUUAAGAAGGAGGAUCGAUUGGAGCGUCUCGUGGAGAUGCUCGGAGACGCCGUCUUGGACGACGAGUGA